AUGCUCCGUCUGCUGCUCUGCGUGGCUGCACUGAGCCGACUCGCAGGUGCAAACACUGAAUCAAUCCCGGCUGAAAUCGACAUCAGCAGCUGUUCCAUCUCAUAUUUUGGACAAGUUUACGACAAACUGUAUGUCGGCAGCGACAGCGGCAAACUCACAGUGUGUUUCAAAGCCGCUUACAGCUCCGGAGCCGACAACGACUGUCUGGUGGCGUCUCUCAGCACAGUCACCCAGGUUUCAUGGCUCAAAGAAGACAACGUGGUUAAUGCUGGUUCAGAUUAUCACACAACUCUGAAGUUCACAGGUUCGUCCUCAUGCGGUGCGAUCCUGAAUCUGAAGGAUGCAAACGGCAAAGUGCACAUUAACUACCAUUUCCGCACGUUUGGCAAACUAUCUGGUAUGCAAAUAAAACUGGAAGACACUACGGCUUCUCUGGCUGUGGAUGUGCAGGUCGGUGGGAAACAGCUGCAUCAAUGGUCUUUAACGAAGAAGGUUACAGCGGACACCAAGGACCUGAGCGGAUGCAGACACUUAGGUGCUGCCUAUGAAACCAAAACGAAGGGGUGCGACUCAAAGGGACAAUCGGUUACCUGCAGCAGUUCAGCUGCCGUCAGCACCGCCUCCUGUGGCCAAACAGAGCGCUGCAAGGGAAACGGAGAGUGUCUGUUUGAUGCCGUUUGCACCGUGACCGGCCCAGAAGUCAUCGAUAUCAAUGGCCAAGUUGGUUCUGUCCCGGAUCGCUGUGGAUACUCUCUGCUGUCAGGGACGGGCUUCAAGCUGUUCGCCGUCUUCCAAGAACGUCGCCGUAAAGAUGUGAGUUUUGUGGACCAUGUGAUCCUGCAUCUGGACGCCAAGAAUGUCAACAUUCAGCUGGGACCUGGCAGGAACGCGAAGGUGGGCGACUCGGUGCAGAGUCUGAGCAGUUCACCCAAGAAGGUUCAUGAUGUUGAGCUGUCAAAGGACCAAACCGGAGUCACCGCCAAGAUGACGCUCAACAAAUACGUUGUUUCGAUCUUCUUUGACGGCACCACCGCACAGAUCCAAAUGACAGGACCAGGAGCAGGUUCCCUCCAGGGUUUAUGUGUGAACUCCAAGAAAACUUUGAGUGAAGUGAAGUCCUCUGACCACAGCCUUGCCGACUGUGAAAAGAAGCUCACUGAGACUCCUGACGUUAAGCCCGACUGUGUCGCCAUGACUAAACACUGUAACCUGCUGAAUGAGGCUCCGUUCACUUCCUGUCACGCUCAUGUCGCUCCGAAGCCGUACAUCGACGUCUGCACCAAGACGCUGUGUAAAUACCCGGCGGUGGACGGUCUGCAGUGUCAGUUCCUGGAGGCGUACGCCAGAGCCUGCAGCACGUACAGCAGUGACUCGCUGACCGGCUGGAAGUCAAAGGCCAGCUGCUCCGCCCCUCAGGUCGUCUGUCAGGACACCGACUGCAUUACUCACGAGUUCUGCGGUCAGGAUCCCGUCGGUCGACCUCGAUGCCUCUGUCGCGCCAAAUUCGCCGACAAAUACAGAUCAGCUGACACUUUGGGUGACAAGACGGUAUGCAAGCAGAACUCCGCCUCCGUGUCUCUGCCCAGUUGUCUCCUGGCAGAGAAAGGCAUCGACUACUCGAUCUUACGCCUCAAUGAUGAAACCUGUAAAGGUCAGAUGGACCAGAAGACCCGCAUGGUGAUGUUUGACUACAACAGCCAAAAAGCCUGCGGGGCGAUCAUCACGGCCAAAGACCAAAAAAUCAUCUACGAGAACACCAUCAAGACAGACGACAGCGGCUCCUCUGGUGAGAUCUAUCGCCACGGAUCGGUCAAAAUGGACUUCUCCUGCUUCUACGUCCAGCCGGAGGUCCACGACUUUAUCUUCAAACUCAAAGGCGGCAAAGCAGUGAAGGAGAUUGCGUCCGGAUCCUGGAAUUACAAGAUGGCUAUCAAACUGUGCGGCGACAAGGACUGCACCAAACCGUUCGACCCUUCAAAGGGCAUCACCCUGGACACGAUCAUCUACAUCAGCGUGGAAGCCAUCGGGUUUGACUCAAACCUGAUCGACCUGGUUCUCAAGUCCUGCAUUGCGAAGAGCAAGGCCGGAGCGACGUACGACCUCGUCGUCAAUGGCUGUGGGAGCCCGGAGGACGACACGGUGAAGGUAAUGAGUAACGGAAGAGGAACGGGAAGCAUCUUGGCCUUCAAGAUGUUCCAGUUCAAAGGGGACAACAGCGGCAUGAGCCUGCUGUUCAAGAUGAAGCUGUGUUUGAAGAAGGACACCAAAUGCAUGCCGGUCGUUUCCAUGGCGACCAACAAGCUGCCAACCCUCAGAAUGACCCCAGAUUACUGCUUCGUCCUCGUCCUCAUCAUCAUCAUCAUCAUCAUACCAAGCAUUGAUAUUUGA